AUGGCACCGCUGUAUUUGCUCCUCGGGGCGCUGUAUACUGGGCUGGCGCUCGCUGCGAACUGCGAGCCCAUAAAGCCAAAGUCGAAUCCGCAGACGGCGCCGGGCGUCAAGUUCAAGGUUUUGGCGAAUGGUUUGAGCAGGCCGCGCGGUGUGGUUGCUGAUACGGAGGGGAACUUGCUGGUGGUUGAGGCGGGUGGGAAGGGUAUUCGGCGGCUUGAGUUGGAUGAUGGGGAGGGGAUAGAUACUUGCGUUGGGAAGAGUGCGCAAAUUGUUACUGACAAGACUCUGAACCACGGUAUAGAGCUGUCGUCUGAUGGCAAAACACUGUUUGCGUCGUCGUCAACGGAUGUGUAUGCCUACGACUACGAUGCGGCCAAGGGAACGGCGGGAAAGGCCAAGAAUAUCAUCACUGGCAUGGUUCAGGGCGGCCACUCUACACGCACGCUCUUGAUUCCAAGGCACAACUCGAACCUGCUGCUCGUCUCCAGAGGAUCGGAUGGAAACAUCGACAAGGAUACUGUGGAGAUUGGGUCGGGCAAAAGUCAGAUUCGCGUGUUCAAGAUUGACAGUCUUCUCAAGGGGAGUGCUCCGGUCAAGUAUUCUGACGGGGAGGUGCUGGGAUGGGGACUUAGAAACAGCGUGGGCGUGGCUGAAGAUCCUGCCACGGGAUAUAUCUGGUCGGUUGAAAACUCCAUCGACAACAUGCAGCGAAAAGGCGUCGAUGUUCAUAACUCGAAUCCCGGCGAGGAGCUCAACUAUCAUGGACUGCCCAACGACACCAGCAGCGAGGUGUACGGCAAAAACUUUGGAUAUCCCGCGUGCGUGGCCAUCUUUGAUAGCUCCAACGUCGAUGGCUAUCCGGGGGGAGCCAAGACUGGUCAGCAGAUGGUGGGCGAUCAGAUGCCGAGCAAUUACACGGAUCAGUGGUGCCAGGACGAUACUGUAUCCCCUCAUAUUACAUUUGGGUCUCACCUGGCGCCGCUGGAUAUCAAGUUUAACCAUCAAGGGUCGGCGGCGCUGAUUUCUUUCCACGGAAGCUGGAACCGCAAACCCCCGAAUGGCUAUCGUCUUAGCCGUGUGGCAUUUUCCAAGGGUUUUCCCAAGCCGGACAAGAGCAGCACCAAUGCUGAGCAGGAGCUCAUGUGGAACAAGGACAAUGCAGUGUGUCCGGGAGAAUGCUUCCGGCCUGUAGGGCUGACGUUUGAUGCAGAAGGAAAGAGGGUGUUUAUGACGAGUGACUCUUCGGGGGAGCUGUAUGUCGUGACGGGAACCGACACUUGUCAGUAUCGAUCUCCUGGGCUCGUUCAUCAACGACGUUGA